AAACAGAAAAUCGGGCAAAGAGAAGAUCUUGAGAGCCUUCUUUUUUGAAGUAGCUACUUCAAAACUUGACCAAGAGUCCAGUUUGGGACCGGUGCAGAGGAUAGAUGAUCCAGCAGCAAACUCAACAGAGGUGAUUGGAUGGAGUACCGGGGGCAGCAGGACCACGCCGUCGACGAGUACGGCGACCCGGUGGCUGUGCACGGAAGCAUGGGAGCGCGCUCCGCCGCCGGGGCGUUCACGGGCGCCGGCGGGCAGCUCCAGCACGGCACGGAGGAGCGUAAAACCGGCGGGAUACUGCGUCGCUCCGGCAGCUCCAGCUCGUCUGCUGAGGAUGACGGCAUGGGCGGGAGGAGGGAGAAGGGCGUGAAGGAGAAGGUCAAGGAGAAGCUCCCCGGUGGGCAGCACAUGGCCGCGGGAACUGGAGCUGGCGGGGCUUACGGGCAGCACACGGCCGCGGGAACUGGGGCCGGCGGAGACUACGGGCAGCAAGGGAACGCAGGAAUGGCCGGCGAGGAGAAGGGAGUCGUGGACAAGAUCAAGGAGAAGCUGCCCGGACAGCACUGAGCUACCGGCCCCGGCUGGCUGUCCGCUGCUUACUACUAGUCGUCAAGCUCGAGCUGAAUAAAUAAGAUGCCCGCGAUCGAUCACGUCCGUACCUAAGAUGCCGUUCCAGCGUGCGUCGUGUUCUUUCGUUUUCCCCACCGCGGACCUCUAAAUCAUCCGUGCCGCAUAUAUUUCCAAUGAAAUUUCAACAAAAAGGACGAUUUCCAUGCA